AUGGUCCGUGUGGGCGUGCGGAGGAAUUUAGCGCUUCUGGUUCUGUGUAUUUCAUGUGACUCGCAGUGUUCUGGAGCUUCCGUCUCCAUCAUCGAGCGACAUGUCGAGCCCACCACUUUAGUUACGACUGCUGCCACAUCGGACUCGGAGCCCAUUUGGCUCGUGCUGCCGAUGUUGCUGGACGUGCAACCGGUGCUGCUCAAGCUGGACGUGACACGACACGUUCCUGCACAGAUUCAGAGCUGCUGUCGCGAUCAUGGGGUAGACUCAAGGAGGUGUGUUGGUGCAAUCCGAGAGGCGCUGGAUGAAGUCGUGAACUUCCAGCGGUUCUGCAAGAAACCGACUGCUGAAAGCGCUUUGCCUGGGUUUAUAGUGACCAAGAAUGUGCUAAAGGAUAAUACGGAGUCCUCAUCAGCGUCUUGGCUGCAGAAUGACCCAGAAGAUGUCGCGAUCGAUUUCUGCGGGUUUGCGCAGGCAAAGGCAGCAGUAGAGCAGAAUGAUAAGUGCGUUGAGGCGCUUGAGAAGUCACUGCGUCUGUCAUUUGACUGGAUGCUCGCACUUACUCAGUGUGAGCAGCAAGCUGAGCGAGCUGGAGAUGAAGUUGCAACAGCUGAUUCAGAGACGCCAAGCAUUGCUGAGCGACUAGCUACCGUAGAAGAAAUGAUUGCUGCACUUCAGAGCUCUUCGGAUGUGUCACUGGUAGUGACCAGUCAAGAGCCUAUAGAAGAAAGCGUGGAUGCCACUUUCAAUGCUGAAGGUGAUGUCGUCGAAGAGAUCAGCGAGUCGGAAGAAGCAGAAAGUGUCGUGUCUGAAGUAAACAAUUCUGAUAUUCAAGAAACCACGACUAUAAGUGUAGACAAGCAGCAAGGCGAUGAACUUGGCAUUCACGAGCAAUCUAUUGAGCUGGGAAGAGCCAGCUUGAACAACAGUGAUGCCCAUCAGAGACCUAUUGAAACUGAGAUUCCCAACACUUUGGCAAUGCGAGUCGGCGCUGGCGAAGGUGGAAUCACCGCAGCAGGUAACAGCUCAACGGAGGCUUCAUACACGCCGCUCCAGGACAAAGAGCUGGGUCGUAUUGGUGAAGACUUGAAGUCAUUGAAAGCUGGUGCAGCUCUCGUGUUGACGCUGUCGAUCCUGUACUUGGCUGUCGAUUUGAUACUUCACUGCGUGCACUACGUAACUGGCAAUCUUGGGGCUCCGAAACAACUCGCUAGUGUGGUUCUACACGAUAUCCUGCUUCUCCUUGGCAGUGGCCCUCGUAGCACAUGCAAGCUUACGUACAAGGGAAGUGACGACUUGAAGAAGCCCAGCUCACGACGAUUCAAGGUUACAUCCGAGGAAAUCAUCAAUCAGCCUAAACCAGAAGCCAAAGGCGUUGAAAAGAACACACAUGACGGAUCAGUGAAGUUACAGGUUAUACCUCACCACUCCACACCCAGCUUCACGUGUGUGGCGAUGAUACUGAGCAUCACAAACGACUCAAUUGCAUUGCCACACGACGUUCGGACGCAACCGACUCCAAACUUCGUUCAAGACAGCAACGAAGCUCUCAAGAUGAUUCAGCAGAAAUACGAUCAGGAACUAACUGCAGCGCAACGAAUCCAGAACGCGUGGAAAGCUGUUCAGCGCAAGGUUUUACUCAAGCAAGAGUGGGAAAACUCCUUCAACGCCGCUGCUGAAAAGUCUGACAGCAAUACCCCGAUCUUCCAACUUGUUCAACAUGCCAACAAACCACCAGCUCAAGCUCCACGAACGGAGAUAGUGACCACAGGUCUCCGGCGCUUCGUACCAAACCCUUUACCUCCGCGUUAACCAAGCGCAGAGCUGCCCAUAUGCAUUGUAAUUCCAUAAAUGGCGAGAGUUUGUAGCUG